AUGCCUCUGAACAUUCACAAUCCGUUGCCCGCUUCUAUGCGAAGCGAGUGCAAAAAGGCUGGGAAGAUUCUGGCUUCCUUCGUCGACCCUAGGCAAUCCUUUGGCCCUGACAAGGUCAUUCCGCCAUCGGUUCUAGGGAACGCAAAGGGCCUUGCUGUCAUCACCGUCUUCAAGGCCGGCUUCCUCGGAUCUGGUCGAUUUGGCUCAGGUAUCGUCGUUGCGAGGCUGUCGGAUGGCUCGUGGUCGGCUCCUUCAGCAAUCGGCACUCUGGGAGGAGGUUUUGGAGGCCAGAUCGGCUUCGAAUUGACUGACUUCGUCUUUAUUCUGAACGACUAUAACGCGGUCAAGACUUUCUCGCAAGCAGCCAGUGUGACCCUAGGUGGCAACGUCAGUAUUGCUGCGGGCCCAGUCGGGCGCAAUGCUGAAGCUGCUGGCGCCGCAAGUAUGAAGGGCGUGGCAGGUGUUUUUGCUUACAGCAAGACGAAAGGCGCUUUUGCUGGGGUUAGUUUGGAGGGAUCUGUUCUUAUUGAACGACGGGACGCCAAUCAGAAGAUGUACAAUGGCAGGAUAACGGCUCGCCAACUCCUGGAAGGUGCCAUCCGUCCUCCGCCUGCAGCUGACCCACUGAUGAAUGUCCUGAACACUCGUGUCUUCUCGGGCGUGGCGGCCGGUGGGGACAGCAUGUACAAUGACAUGCCAGUUUAUGACGACAACCGCGAUAACGUGGUAUGGGAAGGUCGAUCUGGUGAGGCGUUUGGUGCGGGCGUACGCAAUCACCGAUCUUCCACUUUUGGAUCUCGGAAUGGCGACAACGAAUACGAAUACCGCGACUCUCCUCGACGUGCGAAUACAUGGCAGGAUGACGUAUACGAUCAAGGCUUCAAUGGACCUCAGCGAACAAAUAGCUCUCGGGCCAAUCCGACCGAGACAUUUGACAGCAUGAACGGCAGAAGUCGAUCGAGUACACUUAACAAUGACUAUAGCUAUAGCGACAAUAAGCCAGCUCGACCCACCGCACCCAAGCCCAUCUUCCGACAAAAGACUGGCCUAGGUGAUCUGAGGUCGGAUCAGGCAGUCGCGCUCUUCACAUUCGAGGGCGAGCAGGAGGGCGACUUGUCUUUCAAGAAGAAUGAUGUUAUCACCAUCACCAAGCGCACAGAAAACAAGAGCGAUUGGUGGACAGGGAGGACCGAAGACGGAAGAGUGGGGAUAUUCCCUUCCAACUACGUCGAGACUGCGAACUAG